UGGUAACACAUCGACACUCUCCCCCCUCACAGAGUCUCUGCUCUUUGCCUCUUGACACACCUUUUGUUGUCUCGUCUAGCUGGAGUCAGCUAACGAUUGCUAGCGAGCAUCAUCCGCUCCUACUGCCCAUCAGCGGUGAGGUGAAGUGAGGGCAUAAACAUAGCUGUUCUGUAGCCGAGUAAACCGACAAGUGACGGCCGACACCCUGCCAGGAUGAGUGGUGAUGAAUUAAACCCAGCUGCAGUGCCUCAGCCUGUGGAGGAUGUACAAGGAGACGGACGGUGGAUGUCACAGCACACACGAUUUGUGCAGGAGUGUAAAGAUGCUGAACCAGACGUGCUGUUUGUGGGAGAUUCUAUGAUUCAACUAAUGCAGCAGUAUGAUGUGUGGAGGGAUUUAUUUUCCCCUCUUCAUGCACUCAACUUUGGCAUUGGAGGGGACACCACCUGUAAUGUGCUGUGGAGGCUGCAGAACGGAGAGCUGGAGAACAUCCGUCCCAAGGUGGUGGUGCUGUGGGUAGGAACCAACAAUCACACACACACUGCAGAGCAAGUUGCAGGAGGAAUUCUUGCUAUUGCUCAGCUGCUCACCUCCCGCCUCCCCAAAGCAAAGAUCAUAGUCCUGGGUUUGAUGCCCCGAGGGGAGCGUCCAAACCCACUGAGGGAGAAGAACGCAGCAGUAAACGGGUACCUGCGCUCUAGCCUGCCUCGCCUGAUCCAGGCUCAGUUCCUGGAUGUGAGUGGGGACUUUGUCCACUCUGACGGUACUAUCGUCCCACAGGACAUGUUUGACUUCCUCCACCUGACGCCCACAGGUUACCGCACUAUAGCCAAGCCCCUCAGCGACCUGCUGCUUCAGAUACUGGAGGAGACGCCGGAGGAGAGACGGGCGUCGCUGGUUUGAGGGCGAGUGGUUGAUCAGCACGUUUCCCCAGAGGCAUGUCUCGCCUGCUAUCGGGAGACAUGUCUCUGGUUUCUGGAGGAGGAAGGGCCCACUCAUAGGGGGACAGAGACGCCCUGUUGUGAGUGGGCCUAUGAGGGGGCGUUGGAUUAAAAUCAUGAGUGGAGGGUUUGGAGAGGUGCUAAAGAGGGAGAGAGACCUCACAUCAGAUGUAGAAACUGUAAUCCAUCUGUUGCUAAAGCAUUUAUAAAGGUCAAACUACUCUGACUUAAAGACAGAUAUACUGAGAUCACAGAAGACAAAAAAACACAUGAAUCCUGUCUUGAAGAUAGAAAGUGUUCUUCCCCCCUGUCACCAGUGUCAGGGGGAUGGGAAACAAAAGCUAUCUUCUCCCUCCCCUUUCGUUUUUUUUUUACCUGGAAAAGAGUUAGCAGCAUGGCCUCUCAUCUAGCAUGAGUCCAGUGCACAAGAUACUCACUUGGCAGAACAUAAUUGAACAUUGAACAAUGUUAUCAGUCAAAGCAGUACGCUACAGCGCAGUGGUUCCCAAACAGGGGCUUUAACACUCAACUAGAUGCCACAGGAGUGAAGUUAGAGAUCACGAGUUUAUAAAAGGGUCAAAAAGGGAAUGAAAUACAAAUCCUUUUUAUUUAAUGUCUAAUUUUUUUGUGAUUUUGUUUUUCUUGUGGAACUCCUGCACACUUCUACCUCUCGAGGCUUCUAAAUAUCCUGAAUUUGAAACAACUCAAAUGUUUGGGAACCACUGCUGCAGAGGGCUUACUAGUGAGAUGUUAUGAGUUGAUUUGAAAAUAUUUCUCACUGCGAUGAAUUUGCCUAAAAUGCAGCCAUGAAGCAAAUUUACACAAAUAACACUGAUGGAACCUGUGGGUCAAGUUUAUGUGUAAUAUUUAGUAUAUUCAGACAAACCAAGAGCACUUAUUCUACUAAAGUUUCACUUUUGGACACAUUGCAACUAUUUAGAUAUAUUUUAAUAAUAAUAAUAAUAAUCAUUGUAUAUCUCUCCACAGACCACACACAGCCAAUCGUGUGCAUGUUUGAAGCAUCAGCUUCUGAGUAGAAAUGUAUGAAGAUGGUAAAUAUCAGUCAAAAACAUGUCAUCAAACAUAUGAGCGAUGCUAACCUUUUCAAUGGUCUUGUCUGAUCAUCUUCAUUGUUCUUCCAACACAUCUGACUCUGCUGUUUAUGUGCAUAGCAUCUUACACUUGUGUAUUGUGUUCUUCACAGAGUCCAGAUAAAUCUGCUUAAGACUUUAAAAUAAGUUCACCUUUCUAAUGAAUGAAACACUUAACUGCCAGCUUUUUAAACGUGCUUUAGAGAACGUCUUGAUUGCUUCCUUUAUAUCUGCUAAAUACAUAUUUUAAUAGAAAAAUAUUAUAUUUCACUGUCUUAAAGAAAUCAUGUGACCACGGUCAUCCGACUUCAGCUCUCUACCGCUCGUCGUAUCUCAUCAUAUCUGUUUCUCACACUGAAAUCUCCACAAAAACUUCACAGUUAGACACUAAACUGACCAACACAGGGUCUCUCUCCCUCUCCCUCCUAAACUAUAUUCAGUAUUUUCUCCAACAUGCACUUCUAUAUACGCUUUCAAAGCCUCCUCUUUGUUUUUCCCUGUUGUAUAGUUGACUCACAUUGGGACCUGACAUCUCUACUUGCUAGUGUUACAGCAUAUUUUUAGGACUAAAAAGUAGCCACAUGUUUAAGCCACAGAAAAAAAGCUGUACUGAAUAUCGUCACGCUAAAUGCAACACAGCACAAUCACAGGUCAUGUAUAGAGAUCCAUUUAGUCUGUGAGCGUAUACUGUAGCUGUUUCCUCCUGACUUGGCUUUGUUGAACCCUUUUGUCGAGCGUUGAAUUAUACUACGUUACUGCUGUCUUAAGCUCUGCACAUUGCCGUGCUGUGUUUAAAUAUAAAUAGUGUAUGUGUGCGUGCCUUAAGUGUUCAUGGGGACAGAAGUGUGUACAGUAUGUGUGGUGCUGGAUUGUGCAAGUAAGUUGGAUGUAUGAGUGUCUAGAGUGACCCCUCUUGUAAAUAUGAGACAUGUGAAGCCUGCGAGAAAAUGAAGUUUGAAGGAGUCUGCUUUCGGUGCGAUCAUGCUUUUGCACUGUCAGCUCGUUGUCACAUUAUUGAGGUAAAGCAUUCCAAUAAUAAAAAAAACAAAACAAGGAAA